AGCGCUGCUGGGGACCGUGGAGAGGGGGCACCAGCUCCAGGGGCUCGGUGGCUUUUCCCCCCUGCCUGUCCUGUCUGAGAGGCAAAGGUUGCUGAAGAAGCUCACGGAGGAGCAGCUCAGGCGAUGGCAGCCGAGGCAGGGCUGCUCAAGCUGCCCUUCACCCAUGACGACCAACUCACCCGCUGCAUGAGGCUGCGCUUCCAGAGCCUGCAGCAAAAGAACCUGAGGCCCCAGGACGGUGAGAAGCUGCUGCAAGCCCACGAGCACGUCUACAGGGUGGAUUUCGGCCGGCAGGACAGCCUGCGCUUCCUGCGCUGGGACAUCCAGCUGGAUGGACCUGGGAAGGUCACAGUGACCGGCACCUCCCAGCACUGGACUCCUGACCUCACCCACCUGAUGAACCGGCAGCUGCUGGAGCCAGCAGGCAUCUUCUGGAAGAAGCCAGGGGCCAGGGAGGUGGAGUGCAACGAGGCAGAUGCGCAGGAGUUUGGGGAGCGGGUGGCGGAGCUGGCCCGGAUCCGCAAGGUGAUGUAUUUCCUCCUGGCUUUCACCGAGGGCCUGGAGCCAGCUCAGCUGAAGGCCUCCAUUGUUUUUAAAGCUUGA